AUGGGACAAUAUCUCUCAAAAGUUCAUGAAUCUCAUGCAAAUGUGAAGAGGGUAUUAUAUAUUUAGCAAAUAAACAUUAUCCCAUGCGAACUUGCAAGUAAAUUUUGCAAGAGAUGGAAGGAGCUUGGAAUUCCUUUUUUUGUAAGCGUUAAUGAAUUCAAGAAAAAUAUCGUCCAAACUGAUGAUGUGCAUUUAAAUUUCGAAAAGUUUAUUGCCUCUGACACUGAAAUUGAAGUGCUUGAAUUUUUGACUUCUUUACUUGUAGCUAGCAAAGGAACUCUUGAAAACAAGCUAAAAUGUAAAACUAACAUAGAUUUAUUCGAGUUUUAUCAAUUUGAAGAUGAAAACACUAUGACUCCAGAUGAAUUUUAUGUAUGUAUUGAUAAAACAUUAAGGGCUAUUUGUAAUGAAGGGCAUAUUCAGCUACCUUACAUUGAAAUGGAGCCUUUACUUCCCCAUUUUGAUCGAACGAUUUUCUAAAGAUCUGCCCAACUACAAGUCAAAUUUAACUACGAUCUCUGAUAAUAAUAAUUAUUAUUAUUAUUAAAGAUAUUACAGUAUAACGUUUCUAAUCUAUUCAAUGCGAUUUUUAGCAUAUUUACAAAUAUAUUGCAGACUCUAUUUCACUUCAAUAGCACAUAAAAUAACUUAGACGAACAAAAAUUUAAAUUUUAAUAAUAUAAAAAACUUAUAAAUAGUUGCUUACCCAAUCCUUAUCCAGUAGCUCGAUCAAGGGCAAGGGGAUUUAGAAGAUUUUCGAGACGAAAUCUGCAACGGAGAAAGCAUCAACUUCGAAACUUUUAAGAAAGCAGUCAUAAAAGAAUGCGAAAUUCUAGCAAAAAUUCUCCAAGAAAGCCACAAUUUUUUAAGAACAUUGUCAACUCACAUAAUAGAAAACCCCUAUCCAGUUAUAUCAUAUCUGCAACCCGGAAAUCUUUUCCUUGGAAAAUACGAAAUCAUCAAGCCUCCUGAGAUUAUUGAAGAAAUUUCUUCGACUUAUAAGAGAAAAUACAAGCAUGCUAUACUCAACGUGAAAGCUAUGAUAGGUGAAGAGCUAAAUAUGAAAUUCGAGUUAAUUUAUCUUGCAGGAGUUUAUGGAGACAAAAGCUUUAGGCAAAAUUAUUUCCGUGAAAUUGUCUUGAAAAACAAGUUGACCAAGGAAGAAGUGCAGGAGUUUGGGGAACUCCCAGGGGGGAUCCUUUAUAAAAGCAUAAAUGAGCUUGAAGCUACACAAAUGACAUUAGAAGAAUAUUUAGACCUAAAAACCAAAGAAACCAAAGAAAAAGCCAAGCCACAGCCAAACCAGCGCAUGACUGUGUGUAUGAAUGAGCUAGAAGCUAUUGAUUUAGGGUUAAACUUGCUUGAUCAGUUAGAAAUUCUCCAUUCUAUGAAAGUUUUGCAUUCCAAUAUAAAUCCUUCAUCAGUUUACUUAUUAGAACAAGAUAUUCAGAGGCUUUGCUUUUUGGAUUUAGAACUGGCUAUCUGGGAUCCAGUUGAAAUUUUAGGCUCAGAAUCUCAAUAUUUUCAGCAAUUAAGUGGAGAUAAAUAUGAUACAACAUUUAGGGAUGAAGAUUAUUUGUCACCUGAGCAUAAGGAAUUUGCUGAUGAAUAUAAAAGGACUGGGAAAAUACCAAAGCAUAAUAUUACUGAGCAAUGCGAUAUUUAUAGCAUUGGAGCAAUAAUUUAUAAAGCUUUGACAGGAAAUGCGCCGGUUACUUUUAGCGAAGAUAUGGCAAGCCAUCCAGGACUAUCUCCAUAUCGAGAUUUAUUAGAUGAUUGGGAAGGGUGCAGGUCAAAUAACUUUGCCUUUUUGAUAGUGUCCAUUUGACCGAAAAUUGAUCGAAAAUUUUUUGAUAGUUGGCAUUUUACCGAAAAAAACCUUUAAUUUCGGGCCAAAUGUCCGCACUAUCAAAAAUUUCUGAACGAAUGGAUUUCGAUGAAAUGUACACUGUCAAAAUCCACGGUCAUUUGGCAUGGAGCCGAUUGGGAAUGCCCGAAAUCAUUGGAUUCUUUGAUUAUUUCCAAUGGAAUGGCACAUUUUUUAAUCAGAAUUCUAGCAAAAGAUGUAACAGCUAGACAUAAAGAUAUAAAGCAAGUGAAAGAUGAGUUAGAAAGGCUGAAAGCUAUGAUUGAGCGAAUUCCUAAACCUUUAUUAAAAGGACUAGAGCAUAUCCCUCAUCAUAAUACAGAGAUUUUCGAUGAUAGUUACGUUUUAGAUUUGCAUGAUCAGCAUAUUGAUGAUUUUUGUUUGGAAUAUAUUUAUAAAUUUAUCCCUGAAAGUAAUAUCCCAAAUAUUCGAAUUUUUGGAGAUGUUGGGCUUCCGAUUAGGGCUCUAACUUCAAUUCACCUUGAUCAAACGAGAGUAUUGAAAAAUGGAAAAUCAGCCCCUAUCCUAUAUCAAGAGAUUUUCACAAAGUCAAAAAUCAAACAAAUGAUCCAAUUUCUAGCAUAUUUGUUAUAUACUGUAGCCUCUAUUUUUUGCAAAUAGCAUAAAACUAUUUUAUUUGUAAAAUCAUAACAGAAAGAUUUUAAUAAUAAUUUUUUUCCAAAUUGUAAUCCGAAAGUUUGCAAUCGGUUGGAUCAAGAAUUGGAGGAGUAAGAAAUAGUCAUAUAGAAGAAUUAAGCCUUGCUAGUCAGAAUAUUUAUGCUGAAGAAUUAAAGCUAUUAUCAAUUUUUAUAAGAGUCAAUAAAACACUUAUUGCCAUUGAUUUAUCUAAAAACCCGCUAUUGCAAAAAAGGUUAGCAGAAGGCACUGAAAACGAAGGCCCAGAAAGCAGUAAUGAGCAUGCCACAACUGAUCUAGGAUUUUCUAAUUUUUUAGAAGCCUUAGCUCAUCAUUCCCAUUUAAAACGAUUUGAAUUCGCACAAGUUGAGCUCGGCCCAAGCUUUGCCGAGCAGCUUUGUAAACCAAUCUCAGCAAACAGAGAAUUAGAAAGAUUGAAUAUGGCUGGCUGUGGGCUUGGAGUUUUAGGAGUUAAAUACAUCUGCCAAAUGUGCGAAACAAUGUCAUCACUUCGAUAUGUAAACUUAAGCAGUAACGCUUUUGGAAAUGAAGGCGCCAUGCAUGUCGCUAAAUUACUAGAAACAAACCAUCAUAUCCUAGAGAUUGAUUUAUUUAGAAAUAAUAUUGGGAGAGAAGGAGGGGAAGCUAUUGGCUGGGCGCUUACAAAUAAUUUUAUUAUCCAAAAAUUGAGCAUUGGAGAUAAUGAAAUAGACCAAAAUGAGAAAGAUUUAAUACUGCAAAGCGUCAUGUUUAAUACUCAGUAUAAAAAAUUAAAGGCUACGAAUGAGAGGUUUGGGGAGUUUGGGUAUAACUUAAUGGCAGAAAGUAUUAAAAGGUGGACUGAAAAAUCGAAAUUUGUGCUUGAAAAAUUGAGGGCGAGACUGCAUCAAUGUGAAGACGAAAUCGAUCAGAAACUUGCAGAAUUACUGCUGGAUAAGGAUGGAAAUUUGAAUUUGCAGCCUGCUUCUUUGCAACUUGGGAUUUCAGGCGGGGAAUUUUCGGCUUUCUCGUUUGAUAGCAGAUCUAGCGAUAUCCUUUUUAAAUAG